AUGUCCACCACCGUCUGGCUCAUCACCGGGGCCAACCGCGGCCUCGGCCUCGAGCUCACCAUCCAGCUCCUCGCAACCAACCCCGCCAACGAGAUCAUCGCCACCUGCCGCAACCCCGCAGAUGCCGACGAGCUGCACCGUCUCCAGAAGCUUGCCAACGAGCGCAUCCACAUCGUCCCCCUCGACGUCAGCAGCGAGCAGUCCAUGCGCGGCUCUGUCCAGUACGUGAGCGACGUCCUCGGCGAGCGCGGCAUCGACUAUCUCUACAACAACGCUGCCAUCAACCCCGCAUUCGACUCGCCCUUCGACUUUGACUACGCCCAGCUCCUCGACGUCCUCCAGACCAACCUCGGCGCACCCGCCCUCCUCGCCGAGCUCUACUACCCCUUCCUCCUCCGCGGCACCAAGAAGACCAUCGUGAACGUCACCACCGGCCUCGCCUCCAUCGGCCUCGACUGCGGCGACAAGUGCACCAGCUACUCCAUCAGCAAGUGCGCGCUGAACAUGCUCACGUACAAACAAGCAAAGACCCGCCCCGACUUCACCUGCAUCUGCAUGGACCCCGGCUGGGUCAAGACCGCCCUCGGCGGCGAGGGCGCCGUCCUCGAGACCACAGAGAGCGCCGCAGGCAUCCUCCGCGUCAUCGCCCGCCUCACCCCCGCCGACUCGGGCAAGUUCUGGCGCUACAACGGCACCCACCAUCCGUGGUAG